AUGCAAGAGACUUUAAAUAUGUGAGUCCGUGCUAGCAAACAUGAGAUGAGUGCAGUACAAUUCGGAGCUGAACACACCGCACCAGGGACGAGUCGGCGUUCAUCAUGCGCAUCACCACCAGGGGGCGAGAGUGACGUGGAGGAGCGAGGAAGUGCCAUCUGUUUUCAUUCACCAGUUUUGGAACCCUACUGGAAACUGAUAUAUUAAUAUUCCCAUAACAGCAGCUGAUGGAAAGACGUUCAGAAAAUUCGAAACAUGAGCCUUUUACAUCCACCAUCCAGUCUGCACAUUGAAGCAAUCGCUUGGAGUAGCAUCUGAAAUGGGACGAUGAGGAUGAGGAUGAUGAGGAUGAUGGCUGUGUUAUUUGUAGCUGCUAUGUUUUAAACGCGGGGGGUGGGACACACACACACACACACACACACACACACAGGAUCCAUUUUCAUUAAGCAACACCACAUACAGGUCCUGCUGUUUUAUCGAGCACUGUUACAAUCACGUUUAUACAACUUUAGGAGAUCUCUAAUCGAAGUCCCAUGUUGUCGUGAUGAACUCGCAAAGCCGUGAGAAGGUCCAAAAUUCACGAUCGUGAAGUGAGAAAACAUGCGGUGAUGCUCAGAACACCAGCAGACUUCAUACUGUUACAUAUCUACAGACGUGUUGUGGAAAACGUACCGAAAUAUUGCUGCAUACACUUUAUUAAUGUGGCGAGAGAGUAUCUGAAUGAAUUGAGAAUGAUCGUGCUGUUUCAAGAUCUAAGAUCGGGCUUUAAGUUGGUUUUUACAUUUUGUUUCCGUUUCAUUUGAAUGUGUUUUUGUUUGAAACGACCGUUGUGAUCCUUUUAUUUCGGAAUACGCGCCUUUCGAACUGCGUAACAUCAAAAUGCAGAAAAUGUGAUCAUUUAGAAAUGGAUUCCUUUAGACUUAAAGAGUUAAAAACACUAACCUAGAGUGAGAGUGAGAUUUUCCGUUAAUAACGUGACAUGGUUUUGUGCGCAUACUAAAGUGUAUAUGUUUCUGAUUUGUUCCUUUUAGAUUGUCUUUGUUUUAGGUUAGAUUUCUUCCAGAGUUAUGGACAAGGUGCUAUGGUGUUCUGGUUUGCCUCAUUUGUUUGUCACAACAGACGUCCAUUUUGAUGUCACGUUUAUUUCCAUCACGAGGAAGGCAGCAUUCUCCUCAUGCGGUACGCUGUGCAGAGUGUUUCCGAGCGUCGAGUCCCAGGUAGUCGAGUUCAGCUCGUCAAAUCAGUAUUAUUGCAUAUGUAAAUAAAGUUUAUUUAAGGAAAAAAACAAAAAAAAACAAAUGGCAAAUCUCCAUCGUCGAAUCCAAACCAGUUUGUUUGACUGUGGAGGAAAGAGGGUGUUAAAUAAAGCAUGUUUUUAACAAAAAUGACCAAAACUAUGACUAAUUUUUAUUUUUAGUAAUGUUAUCCGUUUAUAUCCUGGUGUUCAGUUUGGCUCUGGGUUUUCAUGGUCGGUUGCUCUGAUUUUCUUCAUGAGAACCAGUAAUAAAUUCAACGAUCUCAGAUCGUAUCGGUUGUAUGCCAGUCCAUACAGGAGUUCAAGGAGGGUUUUUUUUUGUUUCCCCCCCCCCCCCCUUUUUGCUUGAUUUUGCUGCGCCAUUUUUUCAGAAAUGCAACUUCCAAUGCAACUUGUGCGCUUUUUUCCCCCCCCUUUUUUUUUUCUUUCGGAAAACUACUUAAACUGGUGAAAUUGCAAUAGCGCAAAACUGUUCUGCACGCUCUUUCGCAGUGAUGUUCGUUGCUAAAUGAGAUCGUUUAGCUGUACUCAUGUUCUGCGCACGUGAAUCGAAGGGGGCUUCGGAUGAAUACUCGUUGCGAUCACGUCACACGACUCGUCUCGGCCCAAAUCUGCGGAAAAUCGCAAGCCCCUCCGAAUAUUGCGUGAUUUCUACAGUUGUGAAAUCCUGGAGGAACUGAUAUGCCCACAUGAAGGUAAAUGUAGCAUUGUGUCACGCUCGUUUCCGAUUAUGUACGCUGCCUUGCAUGAGUAUUCACCCUUCUUUCAUUUUUUUCCACUUUUUGUGCUGGGUUUUCCAUUGUAAUGGACUUUAUUGUGUAUUUUUACCUUUUGAUUUACAAAAUAUGUCUAACGAGGGCUCUCAAGUGGCGCAACAAAAAAGCGAGUUCGAAUCGUGAUGAUAGACACCCAUGAUUGGCCAGUGUUAAUGAGCUUGUGUAUGUGGAAGAGGGCAGAUAGUGCUUUCCUCUGAGUAGGUUUCGUUGGCCUGUGACCAGAUUGAAAAGAUACACUGGGAUGGAUUCACGUGUUUAUAUCGCCUAUGAUGGUGUACACCAUCGCUGGUUGGUGGCUCUCAUAUGAUUGGGGAGGUGGGUGGGGAUUGGCAGAAUGGGGCAAAAAAAUCUAACAUUUAUAGCUGCAAAAUAGUUUUUUACCGUGACACAAGCAAAAAAAAAAAAAAAAAAGUAGACAUUUGUUGGUUGCAUAAGUUUUUAUUUCUAUUCAUUACUUGGUACAACAGCAAAUGUGGCUGUAAUGAAGUCUUUUUGGAAUUGGGAAUUAGCACAUUUGGAUCCAGAUAUUUUUGGUCAUUCUUUUUGCCAAAAUUGCUCAAGCUCUGUCAGAUUGGAUUGAGACCGUUGGUGAACAGCAGUUUUUAAGUCUUGCCACAUAUUCUCCAUCAGAUUGAUGUCUCGACUCGCACUCGGCCGUUCUAACACGUUCAGGUUGUUCGUUUUGAAUCAAUCCAGCGUUGCGUUUCCAAUGCGCUUAGGGUAAUUGUCCUGUUGGGAGGUGAAAUUGAAUUAAAUCGUCGCCUCAAUGGGAGGGAAUAUUUACGUAAUCACAACUUCGUAAAUAAUCGUGCAAACUAUAUUGAUUUUUCCCCCAAUAUUAUGGGCUGUUUUCAAUUUGAAUUUCAGUUCCAGGCUGCAAAAUGUGGAAAAGUUGAAGGAGGGGGGGGGUCGGUACAUAUUUGCGUACAUAUUUAAGGCACUGUAUGUAGUGUGAUGCCUUUUGUGUCUCUUUACUAAGACUCCAUUCUUAUCUGGCUUUGGGAGGGGAUUUAUCUCUGAUCCUGGACCAGCUGCUGGAUUCUGGACUCUCGCUAUGGUGCCACGGGGAUUGCCUUUUUAGGAGACACCUGAUCACAGCAACACAAAGAAGGCUUGGUGAUAAGAGCCUGCUGUGUGUGUGUGAGAGAGAGAGAGAGAUGAAUAUGGCCCUGGUGAUAAGGAAGAGUGACUGGGAGGGGACAGAGGAGAGGGUAUUUGCAGGUUUUUGGUCAAGCCGUUCUCUGUAGAGCUUUUGGACACUGAGGUAGUGAAGCCCAAUCUGAAACAUUACUAAACCAAUGAGCUAAGGCACAGAAAAGUCUCCCGUAGGGUCCCGUCAAACAUCUAGCCAAGAACACCAGCUACUACUUGGGCCUGAAGAUAUUUUUUGUAGAUGGUUUGGGUUUGAAUAAAAGUGUCUGAUGGAGAAAUUCCAGGCUGCAAUGCUCCUGGGUGCGGUAGGAGACUCCCUGGGAUACCGCAAAGGCCGCUGGGAAGGCUGCACAUCAGGGUCUCAGAUACAGAAAGAGCUCGCGGCUCUUGGGGGACUGGCAGCCCUUAAACUGGAUCCAGAAAACUGGCCUUUGAGUGAUGGAGCUCUGAUGCACAUGACCACAGCGGAGGCUCUUGUUACAGAUUUCUGGUGUCUGGAAGACUUGUACAGAGAGGUUGUGCGGCUCUUUGUGGCAGCCAUGGUGUCCCUUCAAGGCCGAACUCCUGACCCCAGCACAGUAGAAUCUUGUGCCCACCUCAAACCCAACAACUUCCUGCUGGCCUGGCACACGCCGUUUAAUGAAAAAGGUUCUGGUUUUGGAGCCGCCACGAAGUCUAUGUGUGUGGGCAUGCGCUACUGGCAGUCUGAAAGACUUGAAAACCUGGUGGAAGUGAGCAUCGAAAUAGGCCGGAUGACCCACAACCACCCCAUAGGCUUUUUGGGAUCUCUUUGUACUGCCCUGUUUGCCUCGUAUGCAGUCCAAGGCAAGCCGGUGGUGAGCUGGGGCCGUGAUCUCAUGAAGGUGAUACCCAAGGCUGAAGAUUACUGCAGGAAGACUAUACGCCACAUGGCAGAAUACCAGGAAAAAUGGUUUUACUUUGAAGCCAAGUGGCAGUUCUAUUUGCAGGAGAGAGAGAUUGAGGAGGAGGGACAGAACAAGCCUCUUUUUCCUCAGUCAUAUGACGCAGAUGAGACAGAUAAGGUGUACAAGAGCUGGAGCUCAGAAGGCAGAGGAGGACAUAGGGGCCACGAUGCACCCAUGAUUGCCUAUGAUGCUCUGCUAGCUGCAGGCUCAGACUGGGGCGAGCUGUGCAAACGGGCCAUGUUUCACGGAGGGGAGAGCAGUGCUACAGGUCUGAUUGCUGGCUGUCUCUAUGGGCUACUUUAUGGACUGAACCAAGUGCCUUCAGGACUCUACCAAGACCUGGACAAGAGGGAGAAACUAGAAGAGCUUGGAGCCAAACUGUACCAAAUGGCAGCUACAGAGAAGAAACACUCUGCUCCUCAGCUCCUUGUUCACGCAGGGAGUUCACACGGUUCCUAAGCAGCACAGCUACACUCCCCUCCUGUACCUGUUCUCAGCAGUUUAUUCUCUCUGACACCACCACCAGAAGGAUUGCUCUUUCUAGGAAUAUAUGCAAAUUAAUUGAUCUAUAUUAUUGCAGUUUUAAUGACAAAUUAUGUGUAACUUGCAAAAGAAAACCCUUAUGAUUGUUUGCCCCAAGUAACCUUUAUGUAGUUUGGCCAGGAGCUUUGCCAAUUCAUGAUCUUUGAUCAAAUUAUAGUAAAAAGUACUGCACGUGUGCAUGUUCUGGUGCUUGUAUAUUAUGUACAUUAAAAGAUUUUAAACAGA